ACGCGCUUGCGCAUCCGGGCACCUCGAACUCAGGCAGCAGAGGCUCGCACCUACGAAAAGGGGCGGUAUUUUUUGUUUCAUUCCAGACCUCAAAGCAAAGCAAAGGCACGUUACUUUCAUCCUUCUUUUACGGUGACUUGGACGGCUGUCAAGAUGAAGACAUCGCGUUAAAACCUCGAGGUUGAAUCCAGUAGUGUGUCUUGCGUCUCAUCCCUUCCCUGUGGACAGCGAGGUACUUCUCUUCUUAUUCAUGUUGCCGUCAAGCUCAUUGAAACGUGCAUACUACAGUUGUAUUUAGAUAUGGUCCACCACUGCUGCAAUGAAGAUAGCAAUCAGCAACCAUGUAAAGAAAGUCCAAAGCCAUUAAGAGAGAUCACCGUUAACUUUUUGCAAAGCACAAAACUUCAUGGCAUCCGUUACAUGUAUCUGAGACAGAAGUCAUGCAAAGGACGAACUUUUUGGAUCCUAGCCUUUCUGGCCUCAGUCUGUCUCCUGUGUACAUGGUCAAGUAACAGAAUUCAUUAUCUGAUGUCAUUUCCUUUCCACACCAGGAUUCAUAUGAUGUGGGCAAAUGUAAUUAAUUUUCCAGCAGUAACGUUUUGCAACAAUAACAUGGUUCGUUUUCAUAAGCUUACUAAGUCGGACCUAUAUUUUGCUGGGCAUUGGCUUGGCUUAACUUUGGAAAACAAAUCUGUUGAUACAAAUGUUAUGGAGUAUUUAACUGAAGACAAAAGAAAGCAGUUAUCAAGGUUGGCAAAUUUCUCACGUUUUCUUCCACCUAAAGUUCCUGAAAAUAUGAUGAACUUUUAUUACCGUUUGGGGCAUCAAAUAGAGGAUAUGCUAGUGGAGUGUAAAUUCCAAGGUGAUCCCUGUGGACCUGCAGAUUUUACUCCUGUAUAUACAAGAUAUGGAAAAUGCUACACCUUCAAUGCAAAUAAAAAUUCCUCAAGGAUAACUAAACAAAGUGGAAUGGGAAAUGGACUUGAAAUAAUGCUUGAUAUUCAGCAAGAUGAAUACCUGCCCAUCUGGAAAGAAACAAAUGAAACAUCUCUAGAAGCCGGAAUAAAAGUUCAGAUCCACAGUCAAGAUGAACCUCCUUAUAUCCAUCAGCUUGGAUUUGGAGUCUCACCUGGAUUUCAGACGUUUGUUUCAUGUCAAGAACAGCGGUUGACUUACCUACCACAGCCUUGGGGAAAAUGUAGGCCAACUACAGAAAGAAUGAUCCCAGGGUAUGAUACCUACAGUAUCAGUGCCUGUCGAUUAAAGUGUGAGAAAGAGGAAGUUUUAAGUCGGUGUCAGUGCAGAAUGGUUCAUAUGCCAGGAAAUGAAACAAUAUGCUCUCCAAAUUUCUACAUUGAGUGUGCAGAUGAUGCCCUUGCUGCCUUUCAAAAGAAUUCUACAGAUCCUUGUACUUGUGAGACUCCAUGCAACCUAACACGUUAUGGAAAAGAACUUUCCAUGGUGAAAAUUCCAAGCAGGGGAUCAGUACAUUACUUAUCCAAAAAAUAUAACAAGUCAGAAGAACACAUAAGGGAAAAUUUUCUGGUUUUGGACGUUUUCUUUGAAGCUCUAAAUUAUGAGACAAUUGAACAGAAACGAGCAUAUGAUGUGGCAGGGUUACUGGGUGACAUAGGAGGUCAGAUGGGAUUAUUUAUUGGAGCAAGUCUUCUCACUAUUCUAGAAAUUUUAGAUUACAUCUAUGAAGUGAUCAAGGACAAAAUUCACAGACUACUGAAACCUCAGAAAGAACAGAACAAGAGACAGUCAAGCAGUGUAGCUACAUUACGACUGGAAGAUAUGAAACCCCAGGAAUCUUGUGAAAUGAUGAGAAGCCAUCCAGAAGGAGCUUAUUCGACGAAUAUCCUUCCUAAUCACCCCAUUCAUCACUCACAUCAUGGUGUCUUUGAGGAUUUUGCCUGCUGAAACUUCAGGAUUAUGGCCUGAUCUUGCACUGUUUCCAUACUGUAUUUGGGCCAUUUUAUAAAACUCUGGACUUUUAAAGACGUUUGAUUUUUUUUUUCUUUUCUUCUGCUGUCAUGAGUGAAAGCUGCAGCCAAAGCCAAGCACCAAGACUGUGCAAAAGAUAUCAGUGAUACAAAGGCAUCAACUGGAUGACAUUAAAUGAUCAACAGAAGAAUUGCGUCUCCCUGCCCUCCCCUCUUCUUGAAGAAUAUUCGGAAUUAAUUUGUCAUUUCGACACAAUAUUACAGGGGUCAGCAUAGAUUACAAUGAGGACUGUGCUUUGUCUAGGAACAGUUUGUACGUUAAGUUAUUCCUUGACAUAUUUUUAAAUAUUAUUCUCAGACUGUGGUUGUAAUAAAUCAAUUUUUGCACAUAUAUGAAUUUUUAAACACAGUAUUAAACUGAGGUAACUUUUUCAUAGAUGUUCAUGUAAAGUAUAAACUUUUCCUGUGCUUUUGUGUGUGUAACACAAGAAGAUAUUUUAAACAUGUUAGAGGUGGCGCUUUAGCCAGGAAAGUAAUGCUGAUAUUAAAAAGAAACACUGUUUUGUGGAAAUAAACACCAAAAACAGAUAUCUUCGUAAUAGUUCAUGAAUCCUGUUAGUAGAAAGGUGUUAUUUGCAUAACAAAGGAAGUCAUCACUCUAGUCAUUAUACCACGAUUUGUGUCUUCAUAAAAUAGGACAUCCAUCCAUCCAUCCAUUUUCCAACCCGCUGAAUCCGAACACAGGGGUCUGCUGGAGCCAAUCCCAGCCAACACAGGGCACAAGGCAGGAAACAAUCCCGGGCAGGGUGCCAACCCACCGCAGGACACAGACAAACACACCCACACACCAAGCACACACCAGGGCCAAUUUAGAAUCGCCAAUCCACCUAACCUGCAUGUCUUUGGACUGUGGGAGGAAACCGGAGCGCCCGGAGGAAACCCACGCAGACACGGGGAGAACAUGCAAACUCCACGCAGGGAGGACCCAGGAAUCAAACCCAGGUCCCCAGAUCUCCCACUGCGCCACCGUGCCACCCAUAAAAUAGGACAGAUUUAAAUAAAAAAAAAUCCAUUACUUUGAAGUCUUCUAUUACAUUGAUGAUGACCACUUUACAAAUCUCAGUCAGCACACGUCUCAGUCAAUCGAGGAGUCCGCAAAAUUGACAGCUAAUUCAGUGAGCUUGGAUGGAAGCCAUAGCACUUAAAAAAUAAGUUGAAUAUUUAUAUAAUCUUUUAAAAGGAAAGGUAGUUUUUAAGCAGUAUGGCAGGAAAAAAAGGAACUGAAGAUGUCUUGAUGAAUGAGAAAAUAGAACUGAAGGUGUAAAAAAUAACUGCCUUUAUAUCAGAGAAAUUCUACAAGCUAAGUGUGUUAAGUAACAUCAGUAACCAUCACCUCAACCAUCAACUUCUUUCUUUCUGUGUUGUGUGCUUAGUUUCUGUGAGACAGGCAGAUUAGUAAAAGUUAUAAUGGUUAUCAUAUACUGGCUGUUCAUUUUAUUUAGCAUCUCUUCUGUUUUCUUUAGCUUGUGUGCAGAAUUUAAUAUUUUUUAAAUAUUUCAAAUUUAUAUUUAUAUUAAUGUGUCCUUUAUUAAAAAAAAAAAGAAAUAUUAAGGAUGUUUCUAUAUACAGUAUAUCUAUGGGUCAGUAUUUCUGAUAAAUAGAUAUACUGUACAUAUUAAGGACACUGUUGAUUUUAUUAAAAAAAUAA